UGGACCCAGGAAGCCGAGAGGGAAGAGCAACAGGACGCUCUGGGAGAAACCUUCACUUAGAAAGAAACGACAACUAAAACUUCCAACAACUUUAAACUCCAGUAUUUGUUGGUGGUGAGCUGUAAUUGGGAGCUUUGACACUUGUCGGAGGAUGGAGGAGGAGAUCAGAGCCGCUGUGGUCUUUCUAGUCAGCCUGGUGACCCGGCGGAGUGACCUGGCCCAGGACAAGGUCAAGGAGUUCGGGGAGAGACUGACCACUGUGCUGCGGCAGAAAUACCAGGGCCACUGGUACCCAACCAAUCCCAGCAAGGGCCAGGCGUACAGGUGUAUUCGGAUUAACAAGAAACAGCAAACCGACCCAUCAUUGCUGCUUGCUUGUGAAGGCUGUGGCCUGGAGUAUAACCAGCUGAGACUGCCCAAGGAGAUCACGUUGUGGAUCGACCCCAGCGAGGUGUGCUGCAGGUCUGGAGAGAGCUGUCAGCCCUUCACCGUGGCACAGUUUAAGCAGGAAUCCAGGAGAGUGUCGUCUUUAGACUCUGAGCAUGAAGCUGGGAGUUCUGAGUGCAAUACGUCCGACUACCACACCGACACAUCCUCGGAUGAGGAGGAACGCACCAAAGAGCAACCGAUCAAUACAACAGCGGGGGAAACGGCAGAGGCUGCCACCAAGGUGCCUGGAGGUUUAUACCAGCCUGCUGCAGUGUGGCCCCAGUAUCCUCACAAGCUGGUCCAGUACGCUACCUUCUACCAGCCCGUGCCCCUGGUCAGCUACUACUUGAUGCCAAGGCUGGACAAGGUCCUGAGACCUCCCCCCGGCUUCCUCCUGUCUCGGGGACGGACACAACGCUCGAAGAUUGGCAAACGGUACAAAUGACAGGAAUCCAGUCCGGAGAGAGAGAGAGAUCGAACACGUCCCUCAGCUUGUGCUGAGGCUGCUGUGCUGGACAGAACUGUGUCCGUUCACACAGGCGGUCUGCAAGCAAGAGAACUGUACAUCUGUGUGUGUAUGUCUCAGAGUGUGUGAGAGACAGAGUGUGUGUGUGUGUGUGUGUGAGUGAGUGAGACUGAGAGUGAAAGUGUGUGCAGAAAGGUCACUCUGCCUGUAUAUAUGAGUAUGAGAUCCACACUACUGCUCCUGUGGGGCUGUGUAUAUUUUCUCUGGCAUGGAGACAGUGUCUGUCAUAAAUCCAGAAGCUCAGGUUUUUCACCAAAUACUGAAUAGCUCUGAUCCUGUGUACCUGUUUAAAUUAAUGUCCCGUUGGGCUUGAUGGAGUAUGUAAUUUUGGUAUUUUUCCUGACCCCUCAUUGCUCAUUCAUGUUGAAAUUUGAGCCCCACUCGUGUUUUUAAAAUAAACUAAAAUAUGAUGCCUGCCAUUGCUGAAUAGCCCAAAGGGUACUGGGGGUGGCCUAUCCAUUGGAACAGACUGGAGCCUGUGGGGUCAGAAACUGGCAAUGAAAUAAUGUGUUCUGCAAUAUUUAUUUGGCAAUUUUAAAAAAUAUCCUUUUUAUUUUGUUUUGGAGUAAGGGGGAUUUAGAGAACUUUUCUUGUGGAGGGGGAUGGUGAGGUGUUGAGGAAUAAAGUCUGGACCCUGGGAUUUAUUUUAAGCUGCUGCUCCCCCUCAAUGUGUGAAUAGUUGUUGGUGUCUCUCCCACCCAGGCUGGGUAAGGAUCUCCCUCCUCUACCCCCCCAGUUGAAGAGAAAGAACAUAGAAUAGAUUCGGCCCUCUAUGUUGUGCCAACCUUUUUAUCCUACUCUAAGAUCAUACUAACCGACAUACCCUUCAUUGUACUAUCAUCCAUGUGCCUAGUCGAGUGAUGCGUAAAUGUCCUUAAUGCAUCUGACUGAACUACCAUACACCUGCCACUCUGUGUAAAGGACCUAGCUCCAACAUCUUCCUGAAAUGUUCCUCUAAUCACCUUUAAAAUUAUGUCCUCUGCCCCUGUGAUAGACAUCUCCACAGUGGGAAAAUGUCUCUGGCUAUCUAUGCCUCAACAACUUGUACAUUUCUAAUCAAGUCAUCUGUCGUCCUUUUCUGCUCCAAUGAGAAACGCUCUCACUCCCUCAACCUUCCUUCGUAAGACAUGCCCUCCAGUCCAGGCAGCAUCCAGGUAAAUCUCCUCUGCACCCUCUCUAAAGCUUCCACGUCCCUCCUCAUAAUGAGGUGACCAGACCUGGACACAAUAUUCCAAGUGUGGUCUAACCAUGGCUCCAUAGAGCUGCAGCAUAAUCUCGCGGCUCUUAAACUCAAUCCCCCCUGUCCAUGAAAGCCAACACACCAUCCACCUUCCUAACAAUCCUGGCAGCUUGGAUUCUCCGGAAUAUUCCAUUCAUCCCCGGAACCCGUCUGGUGCUUCUGACCCAGGGGUACAAGCUCCCCCAGGGGGAGUGGGAGUUAACCCCCCCCGGCUCAGACCCACUUUCCACACCCCCAACUCCCUUCCUUGUCUCUCGAUCUUUUACAGAAAUCCGAAUAAUGACAGCAGACUUGUAAAGUGUUACUGUUCCAAUUUGUGAAUGGGAGAGUUUUUAUAAUGAAACUUGAUAUUUAUUGACUGUACAUUUUGUGUUCGCAAUUGGGAACUGAAUAAAUAAU